GAUGGGAAUUCCUAAUCUGAUAAGCGACUCCGCAAAAUCUUAUCUGAUAAUGCCUCGCCCCCUUGGCUUCUUUCUCGGCCGAUCUUAUCACCCCUCCAUAUUGCAUGACUCCAUUUUUGCUCCCUUUCUUCAUCGUUAUUUAUGCAGCCGUCCAGCUCGUCCGACCACCUUGCUCGUCGAUGUCCCUGGCGAGGCCAGCUCAGGAACAUCGCCACGUCAUACCCACCAUAUUCCUGUGCUUCAUCAACUACUCUCACGUACAAAACCCGGCUUUCUCGCACGGCCCAGCCAUCUCUCAUGCAGUCAGCAACAACUGGUACGCUGAUCUCAUUCAGUCCACCUCACCCCAGGUCCCAAACUAGACUUUCCCGUCUUUGCACAUUCCAUCGGACAAAUCAUGUCUUUCUACUAUUACUAGGGCGUAAUGUAGGAUACACAUCGCGUUCCUCGGCUAUUGCUAAGGCUGCUUCUUCCACCUGCUGACCUGCAAUGCAGGUAUUCCAAUUGAUUCUAGACGAUGACGACAGCAGCCUUGUGUUCGUACUCUAUGUCCGACGUCGCUCUUGCAAUUGACUUCAACUAUAUAUACCACCUU